AUGAGUUCCUCCGCUUCAACUCCGUUCCAAGCCAAGUUGAAGAAGUGGUUCUCCAAGGCACUGGGCCGGAACAAUCGGGGUUCAGGCAUUAACACGGACAUCCGGAACAACAACAACAAGAAGAGAAACACAGCCACCAGUGACCCGGGUUCUUCUUCCGGGAAACCCGGCGAGACGUCUGCGAAUAGAUGUUAUUGUUGCGAUUCCGCGGCGCCGAUGAGAUGCGAGUUGGACGCCGAAUUUCCGGCGGUUUUGCGUCGAGGGCGCCGGUGUUCUUCCUGUUUGGCGGCGGUGACGAGCAAUCCGAGACCCAACACUUUUGAGGCUUACGGCAGCAGUCCUCAUCAAACGAGUACCCCGAGGUCUGUCACACUCAGCUCGCCUGAAAGUGCUUACGGCAGCGGAAAUUCUGAAGACGGCGUCUCGCAUCUUUCCUGUUCCUUGUCCCGAACUUCUGAUUGCAGAUGUUUCCGGGGUCAUCUUCACCACAAGUCGACCCCCGCUGCUCUCCACCGCCAACACAAGCACUCUUGUGCCGGGGGUGCGCGACUAAGUCAGCACAAUCCAGAGGACUCUGGCAUUAUUCUGGAUGAUUCUGCUGGAAAUGGCAAGAAUGGUGGUGGCAGAGAGUCCAGAGCCGGAGGAGCAGCAUCGUCAUCAUCAUCAGGGGCAGCAGAGAGACCCAAGAUUCGCACGAACCCUUGGGUCAGUUUCAGUGGCAGCCAGCAGCAAUUGACGGAAUGGUUCGCAGUGUCGAAAACUCAGUCACUCGCAGCGUCGAGUGCAGCUGAGUUCCAGCGACGAGCUGCUCGCUAUUCCAGCUCAGCUUCCCUGGUCAUGACCAGCAGCAAUUCCAGUCAUAAUAAUAGCAAUAAGAGGCGAGGUUCGACGACGGGUGGUUGUUUGACAAUUUCUCGAAGCGGAGUCGACAUCAUCAAUCUGCUGGAUGACGAGUUGUUGUUGUUGUUGUUGUUGUUGCUGGUGUCGAAAAUCACCGACAGUGACGACGAGGAACAGCAGCAGGGAGCAAAUAAAAACAGCCGCUUACCUGGGGAAUCUGCCGUGACAGGACCCGCAGCGACAUCUGGUGUAAACUUUGUGCGAGGCACUGUGGCCACCAAGUCGUUGACUAUCCCUGCUUCAACUGGGCUCAGCGGAUCAGCUGGGUUCACCAAGUUGCAGCAGCAGCAGGGUUUCCCCAGUGGCAGGACGAGGGUUGCCAAGAGGACCUUGGACUGUCCAAGGUGUCUUCUGAUGGCCAAACAAGUGCCCAUGUCUUGUCUGGACUGCUACCGGGACAAGUCCUGGGAGUCGCAACUUUGCGCUUAUUGCAGGUCUUGGCUGUUGGCUGAAGGAGACUCGACACCUGACGUCAACAGCGACUCAGACUACAACGACGCCGACACUUCCUCGUCGUCACUGUCGGUGAUUUUCGACACCAGCAACAACAACAACAACAACAACAACUCGUCAUCCAGCAGAUUGAUGAUGUCGACUCCGCUUCGAGAAAUUGUCAAACAACCACCCGUCGUCGAACCUCGCCUCUACCAACAAAACCCUCAUCAUCAUCAUUUGGGAAAGCCGCCUUUGCAUGACCAUCAACCCAUCAAAAUCGAUUUCCGCCAAAUCAGAGGAAUGGAAACCCGUGUUCCUCAAAAGCAGCACGUCGACUUGCACGUCUCGUCGGAGUCAUCAAUACACUCGGACCCAGCUGCGGAAAACGGAGUCGACUUAUUAUUGGAUGCCGAAGAAGAAGAAGAAGGAGGGGUUUCGGGUUCGGUUUCCGGUAGUGUGCGGUGUUUGAGUGCUGCUGCUGGAACCGCAAUGAUGAUGACGACGACGACGAAUGGGAAUAAGUUGGGCACUUAUUCGACGUUGGAGGAGAAGUUGAAUCAGUUGCGAUUGGAGAGACGAUUGCUGGAGGCCAAGAUCCGGGAUGCGGUGGAAGAGGACCAGCUCAAGUUCGUGACGGGUUGGAAGCCGAGGUCUGUGUCUGUGCCCAGACAU